AAACAGAUGAGCACGGAUGGAUCGCAUGUAAACAUUUUUUUCUGCAACAACAUUAUUUUAAAUCAAGUUAACAUGCAUUAUAUACAGAUGAUUUUUGCGAGGAAUAAAUAAAUAUCAUCUCAUUGAAUGUAAGCGAGGCAAGCAUGGUUGAAGGAAACAACUCAAUGAAUGAUGCUGCUACAGAUUGUGAUGAAACCACAUCAAAAGAUUUGGAUGGCACAUCUUUUACAGUGGAUGAUAAGUCAACCAAUCAGCAGUUAAAGGAGGAGUCAUGUAACCAAGCCUGUCUUCCAGAUCAGCCAAUUGUUGUUGAGGAGGAAGUUCAAAAGGCACCAGAUGGAGGCUGGGGAUGGUUCAUUGUUGUUGGGGCCUGUUUAGUUCAUUUCAUUAUGGGUGGAUUUGAACGCUCAAAUGGGGUUUUAUAUCUUCAACUAAAAUCAAGGUAUGAUCACAGUGCUACAGCAACAUCCUGGGUACUGUCAUUGUUCUCCACUCUCAGGCUAGCCGUGGGUCCUAUUGCAAGUGCACUUUGUAACAAAUAUUCUUGUCGGACGGUUGUCAUGAUGGGAGCAACUAUUUCUUCUCUUGGUGUUUUAAUCUCGGCUUUUGUUCCUGAUUUACCUUACCUAUAUUUUACCUAUGGUGUGCUUGGAGGAGUUGGCCGUGCUUUUACCUACACUCCAAGCUUGAUCAUUGUUGGAUAUUAUUUCAACAAGAGGCGGGGCAUUGCUGUGGGUCUUUCUACCUCAGGCGUUGGCUUUGGUAGUUUUCUGCUUCCACCAAUCAUGGAGAUAAUGUUUGACUACUAUGGGUUUAUUGGCACGUUUAUUAUACUCUCUGCUGUGAUGAGUCAUUUCUUUAUACCGGGUGCUCUUUUUAGACCGUUAGAUCUGCAUAGGAGGUUCAUGGAAAAUGACAGACAAAAAGAUGCAAGGACAGAAGAAACUGGAGAAAACUUACUGACAGGUGUCACCCAGGCAACAAGAACGCAAAAUCUGCUGUCGUCACAGUCGGCAGCUAAAAUGUCUUCAUCAUUGGAGUUGACGGCAAAUGUAAAAAUAGAAUCACAGAAAACUUCACUUUUUCAAAGAAAAUUAUCAAAAGUGAAGCUAGCGAUAAAAGGAACUGAUAGACCGAAAGAUAAAAAUGGAGAAAAAAGGAAACUUUUGGAUUUAUCGCUGUUUAGAAAUUUUGCAUUUAGUGCCUUAUGUAUACAGUUGUUUUUGUUUACCCUUUCUUUUAAUUCGACUUUUGUAUUUUUACCUGCCCUCGCAGAGGAAAAGGGUGUCGACAGAUUACAAGGUGCUUAUUUAAUCUCAAUAUUGGGUAUAUUUGAUGGAAUAGCAAGAAUAGUGAUGUCAUCUGUGCUAGAUUUAAAACGCGUAAAACCAUUCCGUUUAAUUAUAUACAAUUGCGUCAUGUUUGUUGUGGCGAUCGUUUCACUUUUAUUGCCUUCGAUGACAAGUUUUUGGCAGUUUGCCAUAAUCAGUGGACUCUAUGGUGUACUAUCUGGGACAUAUAUUGCCCAGAAGUCAGUGGUAGUGGUGGAUAUUUUAGGAGUGGAGCAUUUAUCAAGUGCAUUUGGAUUGCUUCUGAUGUUUCAGGGUCUCAGUGGGCUGGUUGGUCCAACUGUAGGAGGUUUACUAAAGGAUUUCCUAGGAACGUAUGACAUGGCGUUUUAUUUUGGUUCAAUUGGUAUUGUGGCAGGGGGAUUUACAAUGGCAGUAGGAAAUAUUUGGCUUUAUAAACAGAAGAAAUUGAAGGAGAAACAAGACAAACAAGAAGCAAAUGGAGAACACUGAUCAAAGGGAGAAAACUCUGUAUUUGAUCUCAUUAUAAUCAUAAUUAGGUCUUGAGUAGUUUCCCUUGAUUUUUACAAAUUGCAACAAUUUUAUUAAUGAUUUGAAUUCUGAACAUUUUUAGGUUUAUUCUUUUAUUGGAAAAUAUGAAAUACAGUCAAACAUGUAAGAUCACCCUAGUAUAUAUACAUGGUAUAUACAACCUAUAAAUAAUGACCAUAUUUCUGAUCUGAAAAAAAACCUGUCUCAUUUCUUUCUCAUGAACUUUGUCUUGAAUUUAAAGGCACUUGAGAAAUUAUAGAAUAGUUAUGACAAAUAAAGUCUACAAAAAUGUUAAACAAAAUAGGAAAUUUUACAUGUAUUUAUGACUCUUUUGUGAUCACUGACACCAUACAUCCAUUUACACAUGUGAACAUUACUUAAUUGGAGACAACCUAGCCAGGAACUUCUUUGAAAAAUCAAAACAACAAAAACAUUCUUUAAAGCAGAAAUUGGGUGGUAUCAGCAUAUAAGUGUAUAAUUUUUAGCUCGACUAUUCGAUAAGAAUAAGUAGAGCUAUUGCAGUCACCCGAGCGUCGGCGUCCGCGUCGGCGUAACCACUUUUGUUAAAGUUUUUGUAAUAGUUCAAAUAUUUUCAAAGUCCAUAGACAUAUGGCUUUGAAACUUUGCACACUUGUUCACCAUCAUGACUCCAACCUGUAGACAGGAGGAGGUAACUCUAUCAAGCAUUUUGACAGAAUUAUGCCCCUUUUUCGACUUAGAAUUUACGUUAAAGUUUUUGUAAUAGUUCAAAUAUUUUCAAAGUCCAUUGACAUAUGGCUUUGAAACUUUGCACACUUGUUCACCAUCAUGACCCAACCUGUAGACAAGAGUAGGUAACUCUAUCAAGCAUUUUGACAGAAUAAUGCCCCUUUUUCGACUUAGAAUUUACGUUAAAGUUUUUGUAAUAGUUCAAAUAUUUUCAAAGUCCAUUGACAUAUGGCUUUGAAACUUUGCACACUUGUUCAACAUCAUGACCCCAACCUGUAAACAGGAGGAGGUAACUCUAUCAAGCAUUUUGACAGAAUUAUGCCCCUUUUUCGACUUAGAAUUUACGUUAAAGUUUUUGUAAUAGUUCAAAUAUUUUCAAAGUCCAUUGACAUAUGGCUUUGAAACUUUGCACACUUGUUCACCAUCAUGACCCCAACCUGUAAACAGGAGGAGGUAACUGUAUCAAGCAUUUUUUUUACUAUCAAGCACUAAGAAUAGUCGAGCAUUGCUGUCCUACCGACAGCUCUUGUUUAAAGUCUACUUAUUGAAAAAUGUUAAGAGUUUGAUAAAAUUUCAAAGGAAUGAUCUUUUGGUAAUCUACUGAGAUUGUUGAAAUAAUUAUCUUUUGUGAUAUUGGCCACAAGGGCUGUUGGGUUUUUCAAAGAAGACAUAUACAUGUAGCUAUCAUACUCGCCCUGGUGUCGGUAUUGGCACUUGCACUUUGGUUAAGUUUUUGCGUGCAAGUAUCUUCCAAAACUACCAAAAGAAAUGGGUUGAAACUUCAAUCUUAUUUUGGAGCAAAAAAGGAGGUCACUGACCAAGGUCCAUAAUUUUGACAUGAAUAUUGACAAGAAUAUUGUGGCCCUUUUUGAAGUAAUACAUGUAUAGGACCAUCAUGACCCUCUUGUUCUUUCUUUAGUUAAAGAAAAUCAAGGCAAAAUCAGGGUAUUUUUUUUAUAUUAUGAGGUUUAAAAGUAGUUUUCUAAGUGUUUAUUUUUUGUUUUAUUUUUUUGUUUUGUUUUUGUUUUGUAAAUGACAAAAGUCAGUGAUUAGUGCUAUGUUAAUUAUAUAUAUGUAAAGUGAUAUUUUUUAUGAAAUAAAAUUGUUACAAUAGGUAAAAGCUUCAUGCCCCCAGUUGAGCCAACAAUGUUUAAAGUGUAUUAAAACAAUAUAUCUGCUGCUGUUAAUGAAAUUAAUUGUUUGAAUUUUGAAAAAAGAAUAAUUCCAAAAUACCUGUACGAAAGAAAUAUCUUGAUUAACUUCGUUUGAAGCAAAUGACGCAUGCACUAAAUUAUUAGGUAAAUGAACACACCCCUACUUCUAUAGCAAUAUAACAUUUUGUUCUGGAUCAUUUUAUUCUUUUUUUUACGUAUAAUAUCAGUGUUGUGAAAUAACAGAGACAUUCAAUUUCACAAUUUUUUUUGCAGAAUUCACCAUAAAAGUAUGAGAGUUGAACAACA